AUGUCAGGUCGCAAAGAUGGGGGUGACUCCUCCAGCGACUCUGCGGCGGAAGACAGAAAGAGGUCAAGAGAAGAGCUCGUGGCCCUGAGGACGCAAGGUAGCUCGCUGACGGAUCAGAUGAGCCAGCUAAUAUCGCUAGUCGAAGAUACCAUGAAGGCAAGCAAGAAGGAGGAGCCAGCUGGCACCAUGGAGGGUGCCGCUGAUCGCCGCGAUGCUAUGGAGAGCGCCGCCGCGGAGUCCACGAACGCCGAAGGAGGGGCACCUUGGACCGGGAGUGCGCAGGACGGGAGGUACCUGCGCGAACCUGUUCGAGAGUCUGGCCCGUCAGAGCGGCACAGCGGCGAAGCAGGGGGCUUUGUCCCCCAAGAGGUGAGAGUAGCCGCGGCUCACAUCCAAGGAUAUUGUAGUGUCACGGGAGAUGGUGGUGCUGCUGUUGGCUUUGGAUACGGAGCCACAACCCCAGCGACGGGGUACCAAAGUGUGCGGUACACUUCUCCUCCGUUCAGCGUGAAAUCGAAAGAUUUCAACGAAUGGCUAAAUGGUUUCCGCAUGGCAGCUCAUGGCGCAAACCUGUUGGAACAAUUUAAAGAGAGCGGGAGCUUGGAGAUCCCCGUCAACAGCGGAAAGAGCAAGUUUUCGCUGUCACAGCAGUACCGGAGCGAGCAGGUAGAGCUCGCAUUCCACGCGUGGAACUUUCUGUCUCACGUGUUGAAAGAAAAAGAUCGGAAAAUCAUGAAUAGGGCAGAGACGCCCCAGGGAGCUCUUCGUGAGCAAGACCAUACACGACCCCGAAUCAUCUGUACAGCCGUCAGAAGACCUCACGUCCCUGAAGUCGACCAAGAUCUCUAGAGUUGAAAAAAAACAAAACGCCCUAAAUGAGAUGCUCCAAACCGCAAAGUCCUUAACCGAGAAAGGACUAACUGUCAACGAAACGUUCGUCCUUCACCUCUUCCUGGAUGCCCUUUCGGACGAGUAUGCCAUGACAAAGCACAACCUGCGACACGCGAAGGAGUUGACGCGGACCGGUGUGCUAAAGGAAGUAAUGAUCGAAUACA